AAAUGGAGUAGAGCCUAGAGGAGCAAGUAUAACUGAAUCAGCUUCCGCAGCACCGUUCUCAUCUUCUCAUCGUUUUACUUCAACAGGUUGUUACUCGUUACGAAAUUAUUAACUCCUGCAAAAUGACAGAAGAAAAGAAGUCCGGCUCCUUAGGUUUCUUCUCCAGCUACGACGAUUUGAGCGACAGCAGCGAUGGCAGCGACUCGGACGAGGAGGGAGAACGUCGAAAGAAGAACCCGGGGGCAGAUGCUCCGGGAAGCGGAGCUCAGUCCUCCCAACAGGGGACCAAACGAGCAGCCGGUGGAGCUCCUCUACCCAGACCCGACGAGCUGUUCAGCUCCGUGUCCAAGCCUGCUUUCCUCUACAACCCCCUGAAUAAGGAGAUAGACUGGGAUAGUCUCACGGUCAAAGCUCCUGAAGAGCCUGCCAGAGAGUUUAAGCCGUGGAAGACAAACGCCGUACCCCCUCCUGAGAGCUAUGUCACAGAGCCGGAGAAAAAGAAGGGACCUCCCCCAGGCAUGGACAUGGCUAUAAAGUGGUCCAAUGUGUAUGAGGACAAUGGGGACGAUGCACCGCAGCCUUACACUGGCAAGGCCCAGUUCUUACCCACAGAGGAGCAACCCUCCGACUCAGAUGAGGAAUCAGAGAAGGGAGACCUGUCUCGAAAGAAGCGUCGAGUGGAGACCUUCCAGCAGAAGGAGAAGAGGAAGAGGGACAUGGGACAAGCAACCUCUGACAAAAAUUUUGUCGAGGAGGAGAAAAGGAUCCUCAGGCAAAAGAUUGAGUGAGGCCUAAAAUGCCUGCGACAAGGAAUCUGUUUCUCACUCAAACAUGUUAAGUAAGCCGAGAACAUUCACAGAUAUUAGCACAAUGGUCCAUGCAAACAUAGACAGGUAUUUUUCCCGUAUGUUGAUGUAAUUUGCAAUAAUCUAAUAUUUGUUUUGUUUUCAGAGGACUGUCAGCACACUUAGAAAAAAAGUGCAGUAUGUGAUAGUCCCACUGCAAAAUUUUCAAUUUGGGAACUUAGAUUGUGUAAAUCCCUGUGGAAUAUUUUCCAAAGAUAAAGGAAAAUUCAGGUGUUUUGCAGGCAGUAUGGUAUUUCCAUAGUUUUGGCCAUCAUCCUCACCAGCUCUCUUCCAAGGUCACAGGGAUAAAGGAUUAUCCCUCAACACAGCUUUACAACAUAACCAAACACGUGAUUAGACAGGUUUGGUCCCAAACCUUUACUUCUGAACAUGCAGUUUAGACAACAAGGUGAAAUGAGACCUAUCUGACUGCUCUGGGUCUCUGGGACUUUGCAAAGAUGUUUGUGAAUAACAUUUCAUACCAGAACCAACAGGGAUGAAGGCCAAAGCUACAAAACAAGUAUUCAACUUUAAAUGAGGGUUUUGCCUGUUGUGACACAUUGAACAUUAAGUGUGGUUUGUUGGCUUUGCCUCCUGUUUGUUUUAAUUUAAUGAGCUAAAAUAACAGUGACGUAUGGCUGUGGUGGUUUACUUAGUAUGUGUUUGUCUUGUGUUAUAGGAAAUAUCUAAUCACCACUGAAAUAUGACUGUGUUGUGUUAAUACAGUGACCUUCCUUUAAGAAUGUGAUAGAAAAAAACGCCUGUUGAAAUUACGUUUUAAAAAGAUGCUUGUUCUUCCUGCUUGUGGGCACUAGAUGUCGCCCUUGAGCUGCACUAGAAAACACUCCCUCCGUGUUUGUAGUGAAGUCUGCUGCACUCUGCGUAAACUCCGAGCACCCAAAUUACAACCAGGGUCAGUGUGUGUGCCGUUUGUCAGGGAGGGAGUUCUGUUCUUCGAUUUGGAAGUUUGUCUCAUCUCAGUUCUCAUGAGAUACUUGAUGCAUACAGGCUGUUUAUUCAGCCUUGUGUACCUUGUAUUACACUUUACAUCUGUGUGACACAAAACUUCUUGCAUGUUUAGUGUGAUAUUGGAAGAUGUUUGAGACAUUGUACUGUUUUAUGAACCUUUUCCUUCUGCCAGCAGAUGUGCUCAUUCAGUGUAAACAGUUGUAUAAGGAUCAGUUUAUAGUUUGUUUUCAGUGUGAUAUUAUUCAUUAUAAACCACUUAGGCAAUAAAAGGUAUUUUACUGGUG